AGGCGUGGUGGCGAUUCUCCGCAAUCGCCGGCAGCCUAUGACAUCAGCCAGGAACGCCUGGGAUGCCGCUGCUCCCGGCCAACCUCCGAGGAGGAGGAGGGUCCCGCUGGCUAAGAGUUAAUUAGCCCCGCACGGCGAGGGGGGAGGCGCCAGUUUUCUGGGGACACUGGCUGCCACUGUACUCCUACCCAGGGGAGCUCACGGAGAGUUGGAUGAAUUCUGGGUUGUUAGCUGCGGUCAGCUGGGCUCCCGGGAGCCUGUUGCUGUUGGAGAACAGGGGGCGCCUGGCCAAGGGACCAGCGGCUUGCUGAGCCUCAACAUGACACUUCUGGGGUCUGAGCAUUCCUUGCUGAUUAGGAGCAAGUUCAGAUCAGAUGAUGAAGCUGAGGCUCGAAGAUUUUAGACAACUUGGAGGCCAGUUUUGCAGUUAAGACUUCAACAAAGACGGACCCAGGAACAACUGGCUAACCAAGGCAUAAUACCACACUAAUCCAAGCCACAGCAGCCACAUACUUACUGCAAAACCUUGCAUCGAAACGUCCAACGGAAUUCCAUGAGCAAAGAAAAAAUUUGGAUAGUGACAAGGCUAAAAAUUCCCUGAAGCGGAAAGCCAGAAACAGGUGCAACAGUGCUGACUUGGUUAAUAUGCACAUACUCCAAGCUUCCACUGCAGAGAGGUCCAUUCCAACUGCUCAGAUGAAGCUGAAAAGAGCCCGGCUUGCUGAUGAUCUCAAUGAAAAAAUUGCUCUACGACCAGGGCCACUGGAACUGGUGGAAAAAAACAUUCUUCCUGUGGAUUCUGCUGUGAAAGAGGCCAUAAAAGGUAACCAGGUGAGUUUCUCCAAAUCUGCGGAUGCUUUUGCCUUUGAAGAGGACAGCAGCAGCGAUGGCCUGUCUCCGGAUCAGACUCGAAGUGAAGACCCUCAAAACUCAGCGGGAUCCCCGCCAGAUGCUAAAGCCUCAGAGACCACUUUGACAGGCUCUCUGGGGACAAUCCAGGAUCUUGCUUCUGGCUCAGAAAAUGACAGGAAUGACUCGGCCUCACAGCCCAGCCACCAGUCAGAUGCGGGGAAGCAGGGCCUUGGCCCCCCCAGCACCCCUCUAGCCGUGCACGCUGCUGUAAAGUCCAAAUCCUUGGGUGACAGUAAGAACCGCCACAAAAAGCCCAAGGACCCCAAGCCAAAGGUGAAGAAGCUUAAAUAUCACCAGUACAUUCCCCCAGACCAGAAGGCAGAGAAGUCCCCCCCACCUAUGGACUCCGCCUAUGCUCGGUUGCUCCAGCAACAGCAGCUGUUCCUGCAGCUCCAGAUCCUCAGCCAGCAGCAGCAGCAGCAGCAGCAGCAACACCAAUUCAGCUACCCAGGGAUGCACCAAGCUCAGCUCAAAGAACCAAAUGAACAGAUGGUCAGAAAUCCAAACUGUUCUUCAACACCACUGAGCAAUACCCCCUUGUCCCCUGUCAAAAACAGUUUUUCUGGACAAACUGGUGUCUCUUCUUUCAAACCAGGCCCACUCCCGCCUAACUUGGAUGAUCUGAAGGUCUCUGAAUUAAGACAACAGCUUCGAAUUCGGGGCCUGCCUGUGUCAGGCACCAAAACGGCUCUCAUGGACCGGCUUCGACCCUUCCAGGACUGCUCUGGCAACCCCGUGCCGAACUUUGGGGAUAUCACGACUGUCACUUUUCCUGUCACACCCAACACGCUGCCCAAUUACCAGUCUUCCUCCACUGGUGCCUUAUCCAACGGCUUCUACCACUUUGGCAGCACCAGCUCCAGUCCCCCGAUCUCCCCAGCCUCCUCUGACCUGUCGGUCGCUGGGUCCCUGCCAGACACCUUCAAUGAUGCCUCCCCCUCCUUUGGCCUGCACCCGUCCCCAGUCCAUGUGUGCACGGAGGAAAGUCUCAUGAGCAGCCUGAACGGGGGUUCUGUUCCUUCCGAGCUGGAUGGGCUGGACUCUGAGAAGGACAAGAUGCUGGUGGAGAAGCAGAAAGUAAUCAAUGAGCUCACCUGGAAACUCCAGCAAGAGCAGAGGCAGGUGGAGGAGCUGAGGAUGCAGCUUCAGAAGCAGAAAAGGAAUAAUUGUGCAGAGAAGAAGCCACUGCCUUUCUUGGCUGCCUCCAUCAAGCAGGAAGAGACCAUCUCCAGCUGUCCUUUUGCAUCCCAAGUACCUGUGAAAAGACAAAGCAGCAGCUCAGAGUGUCACCCGCCGGCUUGUGAAGCUGUUCAACUCCAGCCCCUUGGAAAUGCUCAUUGUGUGGAGUCCUCAGGUCAAACCAACGUACUGUCUUCCACAUUUCUUAGCCCGCAGUGCUCCCCUCAGCAUUCGCCGCUUGGGGCUGUGAAAAGCCCACAGCAUAUCAGUUUGCCCCCAUCACCCAACAACCCUCACUUUCUGCCCUCAUCUUCUGGGACCCAGGGAGAAGGGCACAGGGUAUCCUCGCCCAUCAGCAGCCAGGUGUGCACUGCACAGAACUCAGGAGCACACGAUGGCCAUCCUCCAGGCUUUUCUCCCCAUUCUUCCAGCCUCCACCCACCCUUCUCUGGAGCCCAAGCAGACAGCAGUCAUGGUGCUGGGGGCAGCACUUGUCCCGAAAGCCCAUGUGUACAGCAAAAGAUGGCUGGUUUACACUCUUCUGAUAAGGUGGGGCCAAAGUUUUCAAUUCCAUCCCCAACUUUUUCUAAGUCAAGUUCAGCAAUUUCAGAGGUAACACAGCCUCCAUCCUAUGAGGAUGCCGUAAAGCAGCAAAUGACUCGGAGUCAGCAGAUGGAUGAACUCCUGGAUGUCCUUAUUGAAAGCGGAGAAAUGCCAGCAGAUGCUAGAGAGGAUCAUUCAUGUCUUCAAAAAGUCCCAAAGAUACCCAGAUCUUCCCGAAGCCCAAGUGCUAUCCUUCCCAAGCCCUCAGCUUCCUUUGAACAAACCUCUUCAGGCAGCCAGAUCCCCUAUGAUCCCUAUGCCACCGACAGUGAUGAGCAUCUUGAAGUCUUGUUAAAUUCCCAGAGCCCCCUAGGAAAGGUGAGUGAUGUUACCCUUCUAAAAAUUGGGAGCGAAGAGCCUCAUUUUGACGGGAUAAUGGAGGGAUUCCCCGGGAAGGCUGCGGAAGAUCUCUUCAAUGCACAUGAGAUCUUGCCAGGACCCCUCUCCCCGAUGCAGACACAGUUUUCACCCUCUUCUGUGGACAGCAAUGGGCUGCAGUUAAGCUUCACUGAAUCUCCUUGGGAAACCAUGGAGUGGCUGGACCUCACUCCGCCAAGUUCCACACCUGGCUUUGGCUCCCUCGCCACCAGCAGCCCCAGCAUCUUUAAUAUCGAUUUCCUGGAUGUCACUGAUCUCAAUCUGAAUUCUUCCAUGGACCUUCACUUGCAGCAGUGGUAGAAUGCCCGAUGCACCAGUGCUAUGGAAGACCAAUAGGAAUUCCACGGGGGAAAGCACACAACCAUACAUACAUUACGAUCCAAAAAUAAAAAAGAAGGGAAUUAAAAAGAAGCAAUGGAGACUUCUGUGGCAAUCAACAAGAACAAAUAGAAGUCAUUUUUAAAAAUAUGUAUUCUGUAAUAGUUACCAACAUUCAGUAGCUGUGAAUGAUUUCAACAAUGUAUUCAAAAAUGUGCUUUCUCAGGUUAAGAAUGCCAAAAAAUAUAUUUCACUGCCUUUUCAAAGACCAGUAUAUUUUCUAGUCCAUAAUUUUUCUCAGACUUUGUUGGGGCAUAAGCUAACACUUUAAGCUUUUCUCAUGAAUUCACUAGAUCUAACGUGGAAGGAAAAUGAAGUCUUUUGGGAGUACAGGGAAGCCAGACCCUCAAAGGUUAUGGAAGGCGUACCUGCGACAGAAGCUGCUGCCCAGGGUCUCCAUUACCUAUCUUUCAAAAGAGAAGGCAGACUCAGCUUCAGUUCAAAAGUUCUUGAGACAGAGAGACAAAACCAAUCUACUUCCAGAGAAGCUGAAUCCACUCAAUGUCCCUCUGCCACAAAACUGCCGCACUGGAGUGGUUCUGAACUUAUACCCAGGACUCUGUGUGGUCACUGAUAACAGUUAACCUGAACUGAGUCCACAGAACUUUCUUCUAUUUUAACCAGUGGCCCAAUCAUUCCCACCAUCCUUGUGCUGAUAAGUAUGUGUCCUAGGUGAGAACCCUGAAGAAUGCGGACUUUCUUCCCCUGAAGGAGAUGCCACAAGCUCCCCAACACAGCCCCCUUUAGUUCCAAAGACUGGAGAUGACCAAAUGGGCAGAAAUAUAUCUCUAGGGACAGGAAAAAAGCUGUGCCAGAGAAAAUUCAGACAGUCCUAGAGAAUAACAUCAUUUCACAUACCCUGGGAUAAAUACCCUGGGUUCCUAUAACAGGACUAUUACUUAUGCAAGUCCACCUCUCCUUUUGCUUUCUUCUUAUCAGUUUAUCUUUCUCCCAUUCCACUUUUCCUUCAAGGUACCGGUCCUUUCCUGUUCCUCAUUUGACAUCUUUCUUUUUCUGCCCCAACAUUGGGAGGGAAGGAAAUCUCAGUUCUCACAAGCUGCCAUAAUCCGAAGAAAGCCAUUUUUGAAAAAAUUAACAAUCCAGGUUCUCCUGAAGAACUCAUUCUCCAAACACACAGUUUGCUGCAAAAGGAAGUUACAAGAAUUUCUUUAGGAAGAAACUGGUGACUUGGUCCAUCCGUCACAAAGUUCUUUCUAGUCUCACUUAAUUUUCAAGAAAUUAUUGGUUUGUGUUGCCCUGGGGAAAUUGGAAAUCAUAAUAUUGUAAAGAUAAAUACGGAUGAUAUUUACAGGAGAGAAUUUCAGAUCUGGGUUUUUGAAAGAAAACAGAAUUGCACAUUGAACACGAUGGAAGGAAAAAGACAGCGGUCCAAUGUGCAUUCCUCAUUACCUCUCGUGGCUUUGGCUGGGAGUUGGAAAAAACUAAAAUUUCAGGACAGUCUCUGUAAGGCUCACUGUGGCUCCAAUUCACCAUUUUAUAUUGUUGCAUGCUGUAGAAAGGAGCUAUUGCUGUUGUUUUGCUUUUUUAUUUAAAUCACUAAGGCACUGUUUUUAUAUUUUGUAAAAAAAAAAUGUUCACUGUGCACUUAUAGAAAAAAUAAUCAAAAAUGUUGUGAUUUUAGAAGCUCUCUUUUUGAUAAACCAAAGAUUUAGAAGUCAUUCCAUUGUUAACUUGUAAAAAUGUGUGAACACUGAGUGUUUUUGGUGAUUGCUACUCUGAAAGCUGCCAGAUUUUAUUCUGGGGGUGGGAUGGGAGGGAAAUACACAUACACACACAGACACACACAUGUGUAUAAUAGAUAUAUACAUAUGUGUAUAUUAUAUCGGUGUGUGCAUGUAUCUUCAAAAGCAGUGUUACAGAGUUCUACACCAAAAGCCUUUAGCCCUUAAUCUGCUGUGAAUGAUACCUGGCCUUUCUCACUACGAAUUCCUGAUUAAUCAACCAGACUACACGUUGCCUCUCUGUGUAUGACUAAGGACUCCAAACCGAUGAUUCACAGCUACUUGCUUAUCGUGAACAAGCUCAUCUUGGCGAUGAAUAUGGACUUGAAAAGACAGAACGGCUUCACCAUUAGUAGCUGGAAAUGGUAUCACAGUCUCUUAUAAAGAAGUAUGAAAGGAACAUGAAAAUCAUUUUACAUUCCUUCAUCUGCAUUGUGCUUUAACAGAUCCACAUGGUAAAUUUUUUAUUUUGCUUUUAUGUCAGUCAUCAGAACCAAAAAUCCAGAAGAAAAAAACUGCCAGUGUUUCCUUUGAAGAUGAAGCUAUGGGGAAGAAAACCUUAUUAACACAUUCCACACAUUUGUUCAUUCCUCAAAUGUUGAUGUUUCCUUGGGGUCUUGACAAAGCUUGCUGGUCAGUAUACUUUUCAGGUGUCACGUUUUGCUGUUUGUAUGUUAUUUUUCUUGCCCUUCCUUUGGAAAACAAACUCACACUGUGCCCCUACUCUGAGACCCGGGACUGAGUGUUAAUUAUUUUUUUCCUUGGGUAUGUCUGUCUGAGAGAUGAGACCUAGUUAGGAGGCCUCUGUGCUUCUCCAGAUCAUGACUUUUUAUGGGGAUCUUUUACGCUAUGACCCAGGACAGAUAGACAUGCCUUACAGUAGACAAAACAUAAAAUGGUUCUCAUAUCCUAAUGCAAACCAACACAGUUAAAAGAGCAGAUCGCAUUUUUUAGUAGAGACGGGGUUUCAUCGUGUUGGUCAGGCUGGUCUUGAACUCCUGACC